GAGUCAUUUGCUCUUCAGUAGACCCCGAAUGUUUUUCUCCCCCUCUGAGCUUUGAAGCUGCUCUCCUACGUCAGCCUCUUUAUUAUUUUUUCCUCCCCCUUCCAGUCCAACCUUAAAUAUGCGACCAGAGGUUUCUCCAUGGUCUACUUGUUGAAUGACUGCAGAAGCAGCUGGACCCUCAGCAGCAGUYAACGGCGUCGACAUGAGGCCGGGCCCCUCAGCUCUGAUCUGCUGCCUCUUCCUCAGCCUCCUGCAGCUGCAGCAGACCCACUCUGCUCCUCUCACCUGCUACUCCAGAGCUCUCGGCCUGAGCGAGGAAAUCAUGGCUCUGCUGGAGAAAAUCCACAACGACCGCCGAACUAAAACYUGUGCUGCUGACCUGCCCAAGAUCUUUCUUGAUGUUCAUAACCAGUGCAUCACCUCCAAGCUCCGUGACUUUCUGUACGUGCUGCUGAACCAUCCCAGCCAGUCGUGCAGAAAUAAACCCAGGCUGGUGAUUCUGAAGCGGAAGGUUCAAAACCUGCACACCAUCAUCACCAGGAUUUGUUUUCGAGAUUUGGUGUUCAUGAGCGACGACUGCGAGGCUAUAGAUACUGGACUCAUCAGCCCUCACUACGCAGAAGACAGACUACAAAUACUGCAAGAGGAGAGCUGAGCGACACGCUCACACAUUCAUAACAGCAUUAUAAAGAACACUUAAUCACCCCUUAAAAGACGCAGCAUAAGUCCAUCGUAGCUUUGUUUUUCUCUGCAAUGCUGUUUCACACCCUACACGUAUCUGGCUGUGAGUUAGAGACAGGCUAAUGUUAGUGGACAUGUGUGUGGUUACAUUCCAUGAAAGAGAGCAGAACUUUCCACAGGAAAUUUGCUGGAUGCCAACCGUGCCGCUGAAAACCUUGAAAUAAUAAACCAAUAAGAGAUGCUUGUGAGCGAGGCCUAACCGCUGCAUGCUUAGCAGGGCCGAUCAAAGGUCGACGUGUCGUUGGGAGAAAUAUGCUGCAAUGCCACGACCUUUGGACAGACUAACCGCUGCUCAGCAUCUUGGAAACAAACGAUGUGCUGAACAUGACCUGAGCGUUCUCACAGUAAUGUAACAUCUGAGGGUAUCUGUGUGAAGUGUUAGACCAGGAGAAUUAUGAAAUUAAUAUUCUUGUUUUUAUUUUAUACAGUCACAAUGUCUUAUAAUAAACUGUUACUUUUUAUAUGAAUGAUGCUUUCAGUGAGUCUUUACUCAGCAUCUGACAAUUACUAACAGCUUUACAAGUUUCUUUUGAUACUAAAGCAGUUUUGUAUUUUUAGUAAAACACUGAGAAGGUAAUAAAAUACUCRAUAAACUAGAUAGAAGGCCAUGCCUUAAAAUGUGAUGGAUUUAUUGUAAAUGAAAUGUAGUUACUUUACCAUUAUGGCACUUGCAGUAAAAUAAACAAAUGUGAAAAUGUCUA